CACUCGGGGCCCACAACCUGCUCUGCCGCCCGUCCCUCCAGCUGCACCUGCGUCUUGGGGACUGCAUCCAGCCUCAUUCUUAAUUUUCACCAGGUUUCAUUCAGCUCGCCAGCAACCUGCUGAAGGCUGAGGUGGGAAGGAAGGGGAGGAUCGUGCUCUUGGGGCAGAUUAAUAUUAAAAUUGGAAGUUUGUAUCAAUUGCUGAGUAUUGGAAAUUGGAUGUGAUGGCAGCAGAAUUUAUAAAGAGUUGCUGUAGAGGAUGUUUCUAUGGAGAAACAGAAAAGCACAAUUUUUUCAUGGAAAGAGACUUUAAAGCAGCAGUCUCAGCGGGUCAAGAUACCACGGUCCGUGUACCUCCGUUGACUUCCAUCUCCGUCAAGCCCCAGGUUGGCUGUACUGAGGAUUACUUACUUUCCAAAUUACCAUCUGAUGGCAGAGAAGUACCGUUUGUAGUACCGAGGUUUAAGCUCUCCUAUGUUCAGCCCAGGGCGCAAGGAACUCCUUCACAUCUGGAAGAGCUAGAAGCAUCUGCCAGAGCAUCUUUUGGAGAUCGAAAGGUAGAGCUUUCUAGUUCAUCCCAGCAUGGAGCCAGCUACGAUAUAUACAACCCAUACUAUCGAUAUCAGCACAUUUCACCUGAUUUGAGCCGACGCCUUCCCCCUCGUUCAGAAGCAGUGAGACUAUAUGGAUCAGAUUGUGAUUUAAGGACCAGCAAACUUCCCAGUUCUUCUGGGCUAAGCAAGUCCAUGUUUGAUCUUACAAGUUCAUCUCAACGGUUCAUGCAGAGACAUGAUUCAUGGUCCAGUGUGCCAAGCACUUCUUCUUCAAGGAAGAAUUCCCAGGGCAGUAACAGAAGCCUGGAUACAAUUACUUUGUCAGGAGAUGAAAGAGAUUUUGGGAGAUUGCAUGUGAAAGUGUUUUAUAAUUCUUCAGUAGAACAGAUCUGGAUCACAGUUUUACAAUGCAGAGAUUUAAGUUGGCCUUCUAGUUUUGGAGACACUCCUACUAUUUCUAUAAAAGGAAUACUUACAUUGCCCAAACCAGUGCAUUUCAAAUCUUCAGCCAAGGAAGGCUCUAAUGCUAUUGAAUUUAUGGAAACUUUUGUAUUUGCCAUUAAACUCCAAAGUCUACAAACUGUAAGGCUCGUAUUUAAGAUUCAAACCCAGACUCCCAGGAAGAAAACCAUUGGAGAAUGCUCACUGUCACUCAGAACUCUCAGCACACAGGAAAUGGAUUACUCUUUGGAUAUAAUACCACCUUCAAAAAUUUCUGUUUGCCAUGCAGAACUUGAACUGGGGACUUGUUUUCAAGCUGUAAAUAGCAGAAUUCAGUUACAAAUUCUUGAGGCACAAUACCUUCCAAGCUCUUCGACACCUCUCACUUUGAGUUUUUUUGUGAAGGUGGCAAUGUUUAGUUCAGGAGAGUUGAUUUAUAAGAAGAAGACCCGCUUACUGAAAGCCUCCAAUGGAAGAGUAAAGUGGGGAGAAACUAUGAUUUUUCCACUUUUACAGAAUGAAAAAGAAAUUCUUUUUCUCAUUAAGCUUUAUAGUCGGAGCUCUGUAAGAAGACGACACUUUGUGGGGCAGAUUUGGAUAAGUGAAGACAGUAAUCACAUCGAAGCAGCAAAUCAGUGGAAAGAGACAGUUACAAAUCCAGAAAAGGUUGUUAUCAAGUGGCACAAAUUAAAUCCAUCUUGAAGACAUCACACAUUAAUUUGGUGAAGAACUUGACAUUCUUUUAGAAGACUUACGAUUUCAAUUUGCUACCAAUAAGAAGAGACAAAUCAAUACAUUUGUCAACUUAUUUAUGGAGGUCAUAAUUAUAAUGGAUCUUGUAGAAAAUUAAAUUCGAUAAAAAAUAAGAUGAAUUAUAUCAAAUAUCCAAAGUAAAGAGAAUGUUUUAAAACUGUGCCAAAAUAGACAAAAUAAAGAGUGGUAUGCUGGGGCAACUAAAUAAAUUAUACAACCAAUGAGAAUUUCACCCAUAGGUAGUUAUUACUGUAUUACAUUUAUGGAUUUUUUAAAGUUUUACCUAGAUAUUCAAAACCUCUAUUAGACAUGUAGAAGACUUUACUACUGACUAUUUCAGUGCUAGUCAUUAUUGCUUAGACCUGGACUCCGCUGUUUACCUCUUGCUACAUAUUUUCCCUCAGAAAGCAAAAAUGAAUUAAACCACUUCAACUUUUCUGUAUUUAGGGAAAAUUUGUGUCUUGUGUUUCUCAUUUCUUGCCCAUAAGUAAUCAUAUUGCAACUUUGUACAUUAUUUAUCUCCAAGAAACUUCAAAUAUAGAACACUAUUUUAGCAAGAAUAAAUGAAAAUGCCAGAAGGUUGAAGUUUAGUAGAAAACCUAUUAUAUACACAUUUUGCUAUGUUUUUCCUCCCUCAAAUAUUUUGCCCUUUGUUUUAGUUGGAGCUGGAAUAAGAAAAUCAUCCAUAGAGCCAUCCUAAGUAGCAAAAUUAAAUGAGCUUAGUUAGCAAGUUCAAUAUUUUAUGAUUAUCACUUCCUUUUUUUCAGUUUUUUAAAAAAUAUAAACUACUUGUUCCAAUAAUAUCCGUGAUAUUAUUUUUCUCAUGUUUUUCAAGAAGCCAUCUUUUAGCAAAUAUUUUCUUUCUUUUUUAUUUUGAUUUUUUUGGUAGAGAGGGACAGAGGGAGAGGGAGAGAGAGAAUCUAUUUUUUUAAAUUAUUUAUUUAUGAUAGUCAUACAGAGAGAGAGAGAGGCAGAGACAAGGCAGAGACAUAGGCAGAGGGAGAAGCAGGCUCCAUGCACCGGGAGCCCGACGUGGGAUUCCAUCCCGGGUCUCCAGGAUCGCGCCCUGGGCCAAAGGCAGGAGCCAAACCGCUGCGCCACCCAGGGAUCCCCGAGAGAGAGAAUCUUAAGCAGGUUUCACUCAAGGCAUAGCCAUGGGGCUCAGUCUUACAACCCUGAGAUCAUAACCUGAGCCAAAAUCAAGAGUCCAGCUCUUAACCGAGUCGCCCUGGCGUCCUGCAGAUAUUUUCUAUAGCAGUUUCUCCCACGUACUCAUUAGAAGUCAGGAUGUGGGCAUGAUGUCAGGUUAGUUGGGUAUACAAGCUAUGGCCAAAAAGAACAACUGUUGGGAGAAACAGAUAACACCAUCUUUGAUCUUGAGAAGUCCAACUUUAGUAUUGCUGAGUGGACCAGGCACUCUGUGAUCGUGAUCUUCCAUUUUCCUUUCUACCUUACCUUAUUCUACAGAUGCUAAGAGAUAGAUGGUGAUAUUUUAGGCCAGAAGAUAUUUUGGGGUAGCUUUAGCAUACCUCUAGUUCUGAUGUUCUGUAUAUCUCAUUAAAAUUUUCUCAAACAAUUCCUCUUUUCCUGGGUACCAUCUCCACAAGGGACAAAAUAUACAUAAUUUACAUGUCCUUUGCUUCUACUCCCUAGGGUUAAGUUAGGUACUCUCUAAUACUGCAUUGGAAAUAAUUUUUUUCUUAGAUUUGUGAAAAAUGGCAUAUUGAUCAGUACUCACAUAAACUUUCAAGAGAAAUCACCUUAUAUCAUAGUGUUUUAUUUUUUUUAUCAUAGUGUUUUAAAUCUUUGAGACAAAAGGCUUUAUUGUUUAGAGCUAUUUUUUUAGGUUCACAGCAAAAUUGAGAGGAAAGUACAAAGAGUUCCCAGAUACCACUUACCCCACGUACACACAACCUCCCCCUGUCAUCAACAUCUCCCACCAGGAUGAUAAUAUUUGUUAAAAAUCAAUGAACCUACAUUGACACACCAUUAUCACCCAAAGUCCGUAGAUUACAUUAGGGUUCAAUUGUGGUGGUGUCCAUUCUGUGAGUUUUGACAAGUGCAUAAUGUCUUAUAUCCACCACUAUAGUAUCAUACAGAGUAGUUUCACUGCCUUAAAAAUCUUCUGCAAAUGCAGCUAUCUUAAUAGCCACUAAAUAAGUAUAUUGACUUUUAGAUAAAUAAUAGGUUUUAUUGUUUUUAAAAAUCUGGAAUUUUAUUUGGGUAGCUUUUUGUGUUCGAGUAAAGCUUUCAAUUCCUAAACUUGUUAUAUGUAUUUAACUCAAUUUUAAAUUAUUUAAUUUUUAAUAUUUUUGCAAUAUGUAUACAAUGUGCAAUUUCAGAGAAGGUGUGAUUUCUUGGUUUCUUGUAUGCCUUAGAAUCCUAGGUAAAUAAAAAGAAAACUUUUCAUUUAAAGAAUAUUUCAUCUAGAGUAGUAGUGACACAGCUAAGUUCACAAAUAUUGUAAUUAAUUGUACUUAAGCCUUUUUUCAGGUGUAAUAGGUACCAGAUACGGGUAAUAUUCUAGUUGUUUCUUUGAAGCCUUACAUGAAAUAUAAAAAAAAACGUUCUUCUGUUAAUAGUUAUUCAUAUUAUGAGAAAAACAUUAGGAGCUGGUAAUAAAAAAAUGAGAUAGUAUGUAAAAAUCGCCUUUGUUUUUGCUUAGGCAUUUCUGGACCUUAACCCAUUUAUAAUAAGAAGGGAGUCAAAAUGGUGCUCGUUGACCAGAGGAAGCCUUGGGAGGAUUCACAUUGAUAGCUGAUAUCAAACUUGCACAAUGCUAAUCCCUUACAUUGUAAUUGUUGAUAAGCUUUUUGAUUGAUACAAUUGGGUAGCUGCAGCCCAUGUCAAAAUAUAUCAUCACUAUUUGGCUUUCAUUUGGUUUUGCAUGAUUUUUUUUUUUUAGCAGACCUCCUCGAGAAAUUAUCAUUGAAGUCUAUCAGUUCUGGCACUUACCAGACUGUUAAGAAGGAACCAGUGAGAUUUUGAACAUACAUAAUUGUCUGAAAAUAGCAUAAAGUGAACUUCUGCUUGAAUGCAGUCAAUUUCUACAAAACUAAUGUACUGAAAGAAUAUUUCCCAGCAAAAAUUUCUGUUGUCUGAUCAAAUAAUAGCUUAUUUUUGAAGGAUUUUAGAAAUUCUCAUUAAGUGUCACCACUUUAUAUCAUGGUAGUAAUGGAUAAUCCUUUUUAAAAAAAAUUUUGUAAUGGAUAUUUUGUAGGAUAUAUAUUUUCUUGUGGUAUUUGGUGGAGUAUAUUUGGGGAAGUACCAGAUAACAUAUCUGUAUGUACACUGUAUUAGGGUUUUUCAGAGAAACAGAACCAACAGAAUGUAUGUAUUUCUAAAAAUGUAUGUAUUUUUUAAUUACAAGAAAUUGGCUCAUGUUUAUUGAAGCUAAGAAAUCCCACAAUCUGCCAUGCAGGCUGGAGACCCAGGAAGACCUGUAGUAUAGUUCAGUCUGACCCUGAAGCCUUGAGAACCAGAGGAACCAAUGCUAUGAAUCCCAGUGUGCAGGCAAGAGAAGAGGAAAUGUCCAGCUCAGCCAUGAGGCAGGAGAAAAGGAUCAAUUCCUUUUUCAUCUCCCUUUUGUUCUAUUCAGGUUCUCAGCAGACCAAAAGGUGCCCACCCACACUGAGGAGCACAAUUUGCUGAGCCCACUGAUGCAAAUGCUGAUCAUGUCCAGAAACAUCCUCUCAGACACACCUAGACAUAAUGUAAUCCGGGCAUCCCUAGCCAGUCAAGUUGACACAAAAAAUUAAGACAUCUACUAGUGUUCUCCCAAUAGGUCAGCUUAAGUUAUUACUCAACAAUCAAUUUCAAAUGCUUGAAGUUUUGGUUGAAACAUUUGAAUUGAGGAAAGAAUUGUGAAAAGUGAGUGCAUAUGAAGUACCAUGUCCAUGUUGAAAUACAGGCUUAGUGUUUAAAAAGAUACUAAAAUAGUUAAUGUUGCCCUCCACAAUUGGGUAUUUUGUCUGAAGAUAAAUGUUGCCUGUAUUUUUGGUCAUUUCCUGGCGGAAUCUUUUUAACUUGGUAAUUACUGUUUUUUAAAUGUUCAUGUAUAGGAAAUCUGAUUUGAAAAAUAACUUUAUCUUAUUAGUUAAAACUGGUAACUAAAUUAUAUAAUGAUAACUGUAUUAACUGUACAACCAUAUUAAACUGUAGUACUCUAAUAAUGGUAGUAGAUGUCCAGAAAGAAAGUUCUGUAUGUCUUCUCAGAUUGCUAGAAGGUAUCAGACUCCAUGCUGAGCUAAAUCACUGAGUAAGAUAUGUCUUUAGGUGAUGAUUGUGUUCAUUCAGUAUUGAUUUUCCUAUUCUCAUGCUGUGGAAUUUGUUCUCUGAGCCACCAUUCUUUAGUUUCUGAGGCAGGAGGAUGAUAAAAAAAUAUCUGCCCUUCAUGAUAGAACUAGAUGUAUUUUAACAGAUUUUGUUGACUGUGGCUUUUAGUUUAAUUUCUGGGUCUUUACCAUUUCUUGAUUAUGCAGACUUGAUCUUGAAACAACUAAAUUUUUAAAUGAAUCAUUUUAUGUACUUAAUAGUUAAACGUAAAAAUGUCUAUAAAGUACUUUUUGCAAAGAACUGUUGUAGGUGCUUUGAGGGAGACAGAUGAAUAAACCAUCACUCUUUACUCUGGGGUUUUAUAUUUUAGCAGGGAAAUAAAACAUUAUAAAGUAGUAAAAGCAGGUUCAAAGUAUGGACAAAAUGCUUUAGAGGCUCAAAUAAAAUCAAAUGCAGCUGAAUUAGGAGCACCUCUAAUUUUUUUCUUUUUUUCAGGCUCCACCUGCAAUCUGGGGCUUGAAUUUACAAUCCUGGGAUCCAGUCAGGCUUCCCUGUAGGUGAAGGAAUUAGGAAAACUUUGGCAAAUCCCUGAUUUGGAACACACAAAACCAGGCAAAUCGGCAGCACUAUUAAUUCACGGUUGCUCUGACUCUGCCUAACUGGGUGUCUCUUGUUGUAUUUACAUUGUCUGCUGAGUCACUGUGAAAAAGUUUAUACUUCCUUCCACUCUCUUCUAACCUUCGCACCCCUGUUCCUUUCUGUGCUCUCAGUGGAACAUCUGAUUUUGUGCCUCACAAAGAAAACGGUGGUUGGCAU